UAGAGAUGGGGUUUCACCAUGUUAGCCAGGAUGGUCUAGAUCUCCUGACCUCGUGAUCCACCUGCCUCGGCCUCCCAAAGUGCUGGAUUACAGGCCUGAGCCACCGGCAGUUUUUUAUACUGAAUUCAGGUUGAAGACUCUCUUUUCAUCUCCCGAUGGAAAGCCUCUCAGCAGUACUUUCUGACUACUUAAGCAUUCUUUUUGUAAUGGGGAGUAGGGGGUUGAAAAAAAACAGGGAUUUCAUCUAUUGGAAUGAAAGCGUUCAUAAAAAUACUUAACUGCUUCCUUGGUAGAAAGUAAGUAAUUUUCCUCCCUGGUGGUGGUGUAAAGGCGCAAUGACUCAAUGGAAGCCUGAGGUUGAUCUGAUGGCGUAGUGUCUUCCUUCAUCCACGGUAGAAAGAGAUCUCAGUCUUCAGCUGCCAUGAUGUGAAGAGUCUCAUCAUGUGAAAAAGUCUGGAAAAUAUUUAAAAAUUCUGUUUUUAUUUAUUCUCACUGCAUCUGUGUGCUCUAAACCCCUGAAGGCAAGGACGCUUCAUUCUGCCCACCACUGUAUUCCCAGAGUGCUUGGCUUAUAGUAAGCUCUGAAGUGCUCACCAAAUAAAUAUUUGCUGAAUGAAUGAAUGAAUGAAUACGACUUCUUAAUUUUUAUUUCUAGAAACAAAAUGAAGGCUCAAAGUUUGUCAGUCAUUGCCAGUGACCCAACCAGAAUGAUUUCUUCAUUGGCCUGUGGAGGCAGAAGCAGGGGUCACUGUUUGUCUGCCUCAUGUCACUGAAUGGUCCCCAGUCUCUGCCAAUAGAUAAGAGAUGUCAACGCUUAACCCAGUAGCUUUCAAAAAUAGCACAGUUGAUGAAACUGGAAAUUUAGGUGCGGGCUCUUUUAAGAAAUCAUUUGUCUUCAGUCUUAAGAAUAGACUGACAACAGAUACUGCUACCAGAGGGCUCUCAACUAUUUCUUAAGACCCCCUAGGAAAUAUCAGAAGAAAAGCCUCCUUCUCAAUAAAGCAUAAGUAGGACAUCUCGUUUUCAGUGAAUCAGACACUUGGAUUGGACUUAAUCUUAAACCUCUGGAGUUCAAGACCUUUUAAAAAGGGCUAAAUAAACAAUCUCUACAUGUAAAAGGCCACUGACUCCUACUUCCUCUGUAUAGAGCAACUGUUGAACUCAGCUGCCUGUAGGAAAACUGAAGACUUUAAUAACAAACUCUCCAAGGUGAAAAUGAACACAGAUAGCGGUGGGUGUGCUCGCAAACGUGCCGCCAUGUCUGUUACGCUAACAUCUGUGAAGAGAGUGCAAAGUUCUCCAAACCUAUUGGCUGCAGGGCGUGAUUCUCAGUCACCAGACUCAGCUUGGAGAUCUUACAAUGAUGGCAAUCAGGAGACACUGAACGGAGAUGCUACAUAUUCCUCUCUUGCAGCAAAAGGUUUUAGAAACGUUCGACCAAACCUACAAGAUAAAAGAUCACCAACUCAGGCACCCCCUCCACCAGAAAGAAAAGAGAGCUUUCAUAGCUCUUUGAUAACCAGUCACACAAAGGGUGUCAUUUUAGACCAGUUAGUAACUAACACACAAAUUCCCUCCAGUACAGAGUACUUUGCUAACAAAAAACCUCUUCAGGGAACUAUGUAUUCCAAUGAAGAUUCGAGACAGACAAUUGUAUAUUCUGAAGAAUCUAACACAACCAUGUCAUAUACACAAAAAAUCACUAAUCCACUACCAGCAGCUUCCAGCACGGAUCCUGCACCAUUCGCUAACAUCAACACCCCAGUUCUACAAGAGGACUACAGGCAAGAUUCUCAAACUCGGAGGAUUUCUACCUUGAAACUAACCCAUAACCAGGAUCUAGGAAGUAGCAGCCCCAUUAGUACUCCACAGUUCUCCAAAUCUGUCGAAGUACCAUCAUUUCUCAAAAGGCCCUGCUCACUGACCCCUAAUCCAGUGCCUGAGACACACAGAGCAUCUCUUUCCAUUCAGAUAGCUCCCCUUUCAGGACAGGAUCUUGAAAGCCACAAACAGCUACCUGAGCUUUCUCCAGAGACUGCAAAGAUACCUCUUCAGCAAGAGAGACAAAAAUCUGCAGUUGCAGCGGCCUCUCAGUCCUCAGACUGCAGAGUGCUUGGAAAUCAGAACUUACCUGCCAGUGUGUUGGAGAGCCAGAUAACAGUGAAUGGAAACUCAGGAGGUGCCGUGAGUCCCAUGAGUUACUAUCAGAGGCCGUUUUCCCCCUCGGCAUAUUCUCUCCCAGCCUCACUCAACUCCAGCAUUGUCAUGCAGCACGGCACAUCCCUCGAUUCCACAGACACAUAUCCCCAGCAUGCGCAGUCUCUGGAUGGCACCAGCAGCAGCUCUAUCCCCCUGUACCGAUCCUCAGAGGAAGAGAAGAGAGUGACAGUCAUCAAAGCCCCGCAUUACCCAGGGAUCGGGCCCGUGGAUGAAUCCGGAAUCCCCACAGCAAUUAGAACGACAGUCGACCGGCCCAAGGACUGGUACAAGACGAUGUUUAAGCAAAUUCACAUGGUGCACAAGCCGGAUGAUGACACAGACAUGUAUAAUACUCCUUAUACAUACAAUGCAGGUCUGUACAACCCACCCUACAGUGCUCAGUCACACCCUGCUGCAAAGACCCAAACCUACAGACCUCUUUCCAAAAGCCACUCUGACAACAGCCCCAAUGCCUUUAAGGAUGUGUCCUCCCCAGUGCCUCCCCCACAUGUUCCACCUCCAGUCCCACCGCUUCGACCAAGAGAUCGGUCUUCAACAGAAAAGCAUGACUGGGAUCCUCCAGACAGAAAAGUGGACACAAGAAAAUUUCGGUCUGAGCCAAGGAGUAUUUUUGAAUAUGAACCUGGCAAGUCAUCAAUUCUUCAGCAUGAAAGACCACCCCCUCUCCCAACAACUCCGACACCUGUUCCAAGGGAACCUGGCCGGAAGCCUCUUUCUAGCUCCCGACUCGGAGAAGUCACUGGUAGCCCCUCCCCUCCGCCCCGGAGUGGCGCCCCCACACCAAGCUCGCGCGCCCCGGCUCUGUCUCCCACCCGGACUGAUCGCAUAAAUCCAGAUGACAUAGAUUUAGAAAAUGAGCCCUGGUAUAAAUUCUUUUCAGAACUGGAGUUUGGACGCCCGCCUCCUAAAAAGCCUCUGGACUAUGUUCAAGAUCAUUCUUCUGGUGUUUUCAAUGAGGCCUCCUUGUAUCAGUCCUCUAUAGACAGAAGCCUGGAAAGACCCAUGAGUUCUGCAAGCAUGGCCAGUGACUUCAGGAAGCGGAGGAAGAGCGAGCCUGCAGUGGGUCCACCACGGGGCUUGGGAGAUCAAAGUUCGAGCAGGACUAGCCCAGGCCGAGUGGACCUCCCAGGAUCAAGCACCUCUCUUACAAAGUCUUUCACUAGCUCUUCUCCUUCUUCCCCAUCAAGAGCAAAAGGUGGGGAUGAUAGCAAAAUAUGUCCAUCCCUUUGCAGUUACUCAGGGCUCAACGGCAACCCCUCCAGUGAGUUAGAUUACUGUAGCACUUACAGACAGCACUUGGAUGUCCCUCGGGACUCACCAAGAGCCAUUAGUUUCAAGAACGGCUGGCAAAUGGCCCGGCAAAACGCAGAAAUCUGGAGCAGCACGGAAGAAACCGUCUCUCCCAAAAUCAAAUCCCGGAGCUGUGACGAUCUCCUAAACGAUGACUGCGAUAGCUUCCCGGACCCGAAAAUCAAGUCGGAAAGCAUGGGCUCCCUGUUAUGUGAAGAGGACUCCAAGGAGAGCUGCCCCAUGGCGUGGGGGUCCCCCCACAUCCAGGAGGUUCGCAGUAAUGGCAGAUCGAGGACCAGACACCGGUCAGCCCGCAGCGCCCCGGGGUUCCUGAAGAUGUACAAGAAAAUGCACCGCAUCAACCGCAAGGACCUGAUGAACUCCGAGGUGAUCUGCUCCGUGAAGUCCAGGAUUCUGCAGUACGAGAGCGAGCAGCAGCACCAGGGCCUGCUGCACGCCUGGAGCCAGUCCUCCACGGAGGAGGUGCCCCGGGACAUGGUGCCCACACGCAUUUCCGAGUUCGAAAAGCUGAUCCAGAAGUCCAAAUCCAUGCCAAAUUUAGGGGACGACAUGCUAUCGCCCGUAACCCUAGAACCACCGCAAAAUGGCCUAUGUCCCAAGAGGCGGUUUUCCAUUGAGUAUUUGCUGGAGGAGGAAAAUCAAAGUGGACGCCCCGCUCAGGGCCAGCGAGGCUGCCAGUCCAGCGCCCUGGUGCCCAUUCACAUUGAAGUCACCAGCGAUGAGCAGCCCCGAGCACACGUGGAGUUUUCCGACAGCGACCAGGACGGGGUUGUGUCUGACCACAGUGACUACAUUCACCUAGAGGGGUCAUCCUUCUGCAGUGAAAGUGACUUUGAUCACUUUUCCUUCACAUCCUCCGAAAGCUUUUACGGAUCCAGCCACCACCACCACCACCAUCACCACCACCACCACCACCACCGCCACCUCAUCAGCUCCUGCAAAGGCAGGUGCCCGGCCUCCUACACUCGAUUUACCACAAUGUUAAAACACGAAAGAGCCAGACACGAAAACACCGAGGAGCCCAGAAGGCAAGAAAUGGACCCUGGCCUUUCUAAACUUGCUUUUCUAGUCAGUCCUGUGCCUUUCCGGAGGAAAAAAAAUUCAGCUCCUAAGAAACAGACUGAAAAGGCAAAAUGUAAAGCAUCUGUGUUUGAGGCUCUGGACUCUGCCCUUAAAGACAUUUGUGACCAAAUUAAAGCUGAAAAGAAAAGGGGGAGCUUGCCGGACAACAGCAUCUUGCACCGCCUCAUCAGUGAGCUGCUGCCAGAUGUUCCCGACAGGAAUUCAUCCCUGAGAGCGCUGAGGAGGAGCCCCCUGCACCAGCCUCUCCACCCACUGUCUCAAGAUGGUGCUAUUCACUGUCCACCCUACCAGGAUGACUGCGGGAGAAUGCCCCACAGUGCCUCCUUCCAAGACGGGGACACAGCCAGCAACAGCUACCACCACCAAGACCGUGGCGGUGCGCUCCAAGACCGUGAGUCCCCUAGAAGUUACUCAUCCACUUUGACUGACAUGGGGAGAAGUGCACCAAGGGAAAGAAGAGGAACUCCAGAAAAAGAGAAAUUGCCUGCAAAAGCUGUUUAUGAUUUUAAGGCUCAGACAUCUAAGGAGUUGUCAUUUAAGAAAGGAGAUACUGUGUACAUCCUCAGGAAAAUUGAUCAAAAUUGGUAUGAGGGAGAACACCACGGGAGAGUGGGCAUCUUCCCGAUCUCAUACGUAGAGAAACUCACGCCUCCUGAGAAAGCACAGCCUGCAAGACCACCUCCGCCAGCCCAGCCCGGAGAAAUCGGAGAAGCUAUAGCCAAAUACAACUUCAACGCAGACACAAAUGUGGAGCUGUCACUGAGAAAGGGAGAUCGAGUUAUUCUUCUUAAAAGAGUUGAUCAAAACUGGUAUGAAGGUAAAAUCCCAGGAACCAACAGACAAGGCAUCUUCCCUGUUUCCUAUGUGGAGGUCGUCAAGAAGAACACAAAAGGUGCUGAGGACUACCCUGACCCUCCAAUACCCCACAGCUAUUCUAGUGAUAGGAUUCACAGCUUGAGCUCAAAUAAGUUGGCUUCCAGUGAACCAGCCCCUCCUCCCACCCACAAAGUCUCACCUGGCUCAGAUAAAGGAGCUCUCCGGGGAACUGGCCAGGGCUGGUUGUCCCUGACAGCCUCAUGUCUACCAGCAAACCCUUUGGCCCCAACACCACCUCCUUUCCUGGACGACUCCUUGGGUGAAUUGGAGAAGCUUGGUGCUUUAACCUUGUCCGCUGACCAAGCCAAACCAACCAUCCUAGAGGACACCAUCCUGGAAAUUAAGGAGGAACCUGCUGUCCUCCUCCCAUUGUCCCCAGCGACUGCACCUGCCGAAUCACCUUCCACUCACGCGGGUGUGGCCUCGGCUGCAGCCCAGCCUUACCAUGCAGAGCCUCUUCAGGAUCCCAGAACGACAACUCAAAGCAACUUUGCAGAGUUGAGAAAAAUGAGAAGGGGCUUCUCAGACCCUAAGAAGGCACCAGAAGUCCUAGGGGAUAAUUUUGUGGCCUCUGCGUGCACCAGCGUGGGUUCCUUGCCUGUACCCCUUCCGGUCAUUGGAGAGGAAGAUGAGGGCAUCUAUGAGGGGAUUGUGUCAGGCAUCCAGAGAGGGCCGCCAGACCCUCAGGAAGGAGACGCCUGGUGGUGUGGCCACGAUGGGUCAGAGGGCACCCCACACCUGCACAUUGAAGAGGAGGAGGAGGAGGAGAAACCCAACUGCCUAAAACACCCCAUAGCCACCCCCACAGAUCCUAGGACCCCCAAGGAGGACAGCAAUGCAGCAAAACCCAGUAAUGAGCCGCCGUCAUUUUCUUCGGGAGAGCAAGCAACCACACCCUUUCCCAGCCACCUGCUUUCCUCCCCUCCAUUUCAUUCUCUCUUCGCCUCUGUUUCUGACCUGGACUCUACACUUUCUCAGCCCUGCUCACCUCCUCUCCUCCCUAAAUAUUCUUAUCAACAGGAGAUCAAUCCACCAAAAUUAAAGGCUGACCUAAAAAGCGGGAUAUGUGUCCUCGGUAAGCCUCCUCGUAGCCCAGUGAUGUCUAGGAGAUUCUGCGGCUCGCCUGUCAGAGGGCUCAGCGGUUCCCACAGGCCACAGCGUCCUGUGUUUACUCAUGAAAAUAUUCAAGGUGGGGGGGAACCGUUUCAGGCUCUGUAUAACUAUACUCCCAGGAAUGAAGAUGAGCUGGAGCUCAGAGAAAGUGAUGUCAUUGAUGUCAUGGAAAAGUGUGAUGACGGCUGGUUUGUGGGGACCUCAAGAAGAACCAAAUUCUUUGGUACUUUCCCCGGAAACUACGUCAAGAGGCUGUGAAUUGCGCUCCCUCCUUCUGCAGAGGCCGCCUGCCAGCCAUGCACCUGCGUCAACGCGCCUGAAACACCCCGCGGGCCUCCCGUUGUCACGCCUUACGGUUUCCAAUGCGCCGUCACCAUCUCCACCUGCCACCAAACCACCAGCAGAGUAGCCGCCGCUGCUGUGAGCCUGGGGACGACAUGGCAGGCUGGCCCCCCUCCGUGAAAGUGUGGAUUCCUACUUCCUGCUCUAAGCUUUGACACGUCAAAAUGUGGGAUCAGAAAGAAAAAUCAUGAUAUUUUAAAAUGGUCAAAUAUUUGAGGCAAAAAAAAAAAAGUGUCUCCAGGAGGCUGUCCAGCCUCGUGGCUCCAUUUCAACAUCUCCCCCCAGGCGAUGUUCUCCCCCAAGACGACCAGAAAAUUGUUUAUUGGGGAAUGCUGUGGUUUGCGUUUUCAUAUUCUUCGCUUGGCAGUGUAUAUUCUUUUCACAAGUUUGCCUAGUGUCUUGGUUUACACAAUAUGACAACCGUAACUGUACUUUAGCUAUUGUUUGCCUGCACAUACAUGUUGUAAUAUGCACAGUGAUUACAACCUUUAAAGCAAGAGGAGGCGAGUUAAUUUGGAUGAGUGUGAUUUUGCUGAUUGAAUGUGAGUUUUCAAAUAGGAGUCUUUUUCUGCAAUUUGUUUGCAUUUUUUAGAAGUGCAAACAGUAAGUAAAUAAGAGCCUUUGGUAAUAAUCAUGACAAUACAAGAGGCUGAGCUAGGCUACAGGGGAAAACUAUUGUGUUGUAAAGUUGCAUCGCUAUUUUAUAUUAAAAUGUAAUGAUCAGCAUCAUGAACAAUGAGCUCUUAGUGUUUUAUUUAUCUGAAAAAAUGUAAGUAAAAGCAGUGUUAGUGAGAGGUGCAAAGAAUUAUUCUAACAGACACCUGAAAGUAUCUGUAAGCAAUACUAGUAGGUAAGAUUUCACUGUGUGUACACAUACACAUUUGAGAUUGUAUGAGAACAUAUAAUCCAUAUGAUAUGUUGUACAUUUUAUGGAAAUGUAAUAGAAUCUCACACAUUAUUUUAUAGAAAUAGAGUACAGAAGCAUCACAAGUAUUAAAGUUGGUUUUAGCAAGGAUUAUGAUUAAUACAAUUAUUUUUACUAUAAUAAUUAUUUUUCUUCUACGGAACUCAGAAUCCUGGCUACAUUUGAGGACAGGAAUAUGUUGAGCCUGAUUUUCCUGGUGUGUGUAAAAUAUUUCCUAGGAAUAAAUUAGGCACUUUUUAGAAGCAAUGUUAAAUCAUUCAGGUUUUAUUUUCUGCCCUAAAGCAGAAAUUUAAAAAAUGAUAUUGGGACCUGGAAGGUUUAAUAUAGUUCACAGUGCCUGAAUUACACCUGCUCCGAAAACUAGCUUUGUAUUUCUUAUGACUUUGCAUAAGAACUGUUCAUCUUUGGAUCUUGAGCACCUUAUAGAUAAAACUUUUUAUGGCAUCUCUUUCGUGGACAGUGAUUGAUCUUUUCACAAUGUACGUAGCCUCUAGAAUUUUGUACAUAUGUUUGCUCUUUUUUUGUACAGACUAUUUAGUUGUUGAGAAAACAGGGGCGUUUCCUAAUUUGGUCUUUAUCCUGCGACAACACUUUCAGCAGACUAGCCUCUCCUUAUCUCACAGAUCACAAGCACCCCUAGAUAGUGUGAUUCUGUCAGAUAGCAUUUAUGCAAAAAUCUAUGAAGUUAAAAGAUCGUAGAAGCCAAAUGAAAUGUACAUAUCUACUGACUGAUGACAAGGGAAUUUCAUUAGGAAGAAGGUAAAGAAACAUCGUUGAGUAGCCUACCUUGAUUUCUGUCAAGUUCAUAACCAGCUUCAUAUUUUAAAGGCUUCAGGUUUGAAAUUAAGUCAACUGCAUGCAGCUUUGCUGAUAAAUGAAUAAUUCUCUUUGAUGCCAUUUAUGAGAAAAGACUUCAAUAUCUGUUGCCUGUCAUAUUUAAGAAAAAUUACUGUUUCUACUCUCUGUAUCUGAUUUUAAAAGAAAAAACUCUUCAUACCUGGCUUCCAGGUAAUUGACUUUGAAUUCUUACAAGCGAAGGUCAUUGUGUUUUUCUUGAAUAGACAUCUAAUAAAUUUUGCUUGGAAGUAUA